AUGAAUAAUCCAUCAGAACUUAUGAAUUAUAAAGAUACUCCUGCAGUAAGUACAAGUUCAAAUACAAAUAAUAUAAGCGAAAAUGACCUGGAUUGUGUAGUUGUACCAAAAAUUAGUCAACAGAAAAAAAGACUAUAUACUGAAGAACUAUAUACUGGUAAAGAACUAUAUACUGAUGAAGAACUAUAUACUAGUGAAGAACUAUAUACUAGUGAAGAACUAUAUGCUGAUGAUGAAGUUGGUGAUUAUGAAGAAGCUGAUAAUUAUAAAGAAGUUGGUAAUUAUGAAGAAGUUGGUGAUUAUGUGUUAGAAUUAAGCUCAGAAGAAGAAGCAGUGCCUACUGGUUCCAAUUACUCAGAACCAUUAAUUAAUCAACAUAGAAGAUAUUCAAGCAAAAAAAAAAGUGAAAGAAACAAAAAAAAAAUAAGAAUUUUUGAACAUUAUGAUGAGACUAAUUCAUCUUAUUUGGUUGGUCCCGAACCUCAAAAUGCUGACAUACUGGAUGCAUCUUUUGAAAAAGUAUAUAUUAAUAAUAUCCGACAUGGUAUGUGUAAUAUUGAACUGAUGGGUGGAAAACCUUGUGAUACAAAAGUAAAGACUGGUAAGUCAACAAUAGCACUAUGGAGGCAUCUAAAGAAUAUGCAUGGAUACUCAGAAAUUGAGAGGCAACAAUUAAACAAAAAGCAGACAACUAUUAAAAGGGUGUUUGAAAUUUCUUCUUCAAAACUGCAUAAUACAAAUAAUACAACUGAACAAGCUAUUCAUAACAAAGCCAUUACUGAGAUUAUUGUUACACAAAACCUUUCAUUAUCUUUUAUAGAAGGAAAAAUGUUUAAACAGUUUGCAAAAAUUAUAGAUUCACAAUGA